ACAAACGCCACGUGGCACAUUAUCAACCCCUUUCCUCGUGAGACACAGAGAUCGUAUGUAAAACUUGCCCCAAAUUUGAAAAACUAGGGUUCCGACAUAACUCAAAACAGAAAUGGCGGCAAUUAGAGCAACAAGCAGCAUAAUCAUGAGAGAUGUCUUCUCAUAUUCAUCUCAAUCUUCCUUAAAGUCUCUGCCCAUGUUCCGUACAAUGAUGUUCCCCGAAUUUAGUAUUGCCCUCUGCCGUGUGCCACGUGUCAGGACUAUCAGUCACACACCAGUUAUUCGGUGCGCCGCCGGAGAAGAUGGCCGGAAAAAGACGUCGUCGAGACUGUCUCAGGUUCAGCAAAUCUUGCACGAAGCCCAAGAGAGAGCUAAGUCUGCUGGCAAUGACCCUAUCCCUAAAAUCACUCUUGAUCAUGUCACCGUGAGCUUUGCCAGAAGUGGCGGCCCUGGAGGUCAAAAUGUCAAUAAAGUGAACACCAAGGUGGACAUGCGGUUUAAUGUCAAAGAUGCACAUUGGUUAAGUGACAGAGUGAAGGAGCGGAUUAUGCAAGUGGAAAAGAAUCGGAUCAAUAAAGACGGAGAAAUUGUAAUUUCUUCAACAAAGACUAGAACACAGAAGGGUAAUAUUGAAGAUGCGCUGGGGAAACUUCAGGCAAUUAUAGAUGCUGCUUCUUAUGUCCCACCACCACCUUCUGAAGAGCAGAUAAAGAAAAUAGCCAAAAUAGCUGCCAUUGGGGAUAAGAAAAGGCUGCAGAGCAAGAAGAUUCUUUCCGAUAAGAAAGCUUUUCGAAGGAGUCGAGACAGUUAUGACUAAGCUCUUUCUAUCUGUAAACUUUUUUGUGCUGCAAUUUUCUAUGAAAAAGGUCAAUGAAUAUUUAAGAUCAGACCACCAACUAGCAACUUGAAUUUCUUAAAAAUUAGCUGAAAUUCUCAGGGGAUGUAUACCAAAGUUUUUGAUACAUUAGAAGGGCCCAAAUUAUGCUAGACAUCAAGACUACGAAAAUGUUGUAUAUAAAAUGCAGUUAUGCUAACACUUAUAAUGAAAAUGACUUUCUGCUUUA